AUGACUUUCCCAAAACCUGAUAGUGACAUUCUUCCUACUUCUCCCAGCGAAGUCAGAGGUAUCCUUAAAGCCCUCAAUAACCGGAAAAGUCCCGGCCCAGACACCAUCCCCAACGUGGCCCUUAAGAAGCUUGCUACCAUUCAGGUGUUUUGCUUGUCAAAAUUAGAUGCCAGGAGCACGGAAGACAGUUCGACUUCUCACGAAAGGCCAUCGCCGCGCUCCCGUCCACACCCGUCGCCGCGACGCCAUCAACAAAACCGGAGCCAUCCCUUCCAGGGGCCGAGUACGCGUCUAUCGUUCCAUGAACCAGGCCGCCGCAGAGACAAGAGGACGACUGACGAUGUUGAACCAAGGCGACUAUCCGGGUCGGAUCUCAAACGUUGUUUUAACUGCCAGGAAGUAGGUUACAUAAGUCGCAACUGCCCACGAUCCAGAACUAAUGAUGUCUGUCGCCUUUGCAAGGAACGGGGACAUUACGCGAAGAGGUGUCCUAAGAGGAGAGAUGUUAAACCGCGAUUCGAUUUACAGCGAAUCAACGUCCUCCAAAUGUCUGUGCCUGGCUAUCGCAAAUGGGGCGUUACACCAGAAGGGAACGGGUUAUCCGUGUACUUGGACACUGGUAGCGAGUGUAACGUAAUCUCGCCAGAAUGCGUGAAGAGAAUCGGACUUCAAACUCAACCUGUACAAGCGACACUGUCCGGUUUCGGGGGCGGCAGGACAGACGCCAACAGGCAGACCCAGCUAGUAGUAACUGUCGACCGAUGA